AUGACAUCUAGCGGCGAAAAAUGUAACUGCUGCUGUCAAGUCGCUGCCCGGUGUUUACCAGUGUUUGCGCCUAUGGGCGACAUUCCGGGCGAAGGUAUGAGGUUUUCGCCAAGAAUCUCUAAAGACAAAUCAUUUUGUGUCGUAUACGGCUGCUCAAGUAAACGUAGCAGAGAUCCAACCGUGAGAUUCCACACAUUUCCGACACGUGGACAAACUUUUGUUAAAAUUACCAAUAAACAAGGAAUAUCGGAAAAAAUCGACAAAUUCAAGGCCUGGGAACAAGCAAUAAAAAUCGGUAAACCGAUUACUCCGACCAUGCGCAUCUGUUCCUUGCACUUUAAAAAAGAGGAUUAUUUUCUGCCAGAUGUUCAAUCGAAAAGAAAAAAUUUAAAAAUUAGUGCAGUUCCGUCAUGUAACUUGCCGAAGAGAUCAACCGACAAAGUAACAGAAACUGCGGAAAAUAAGAAUCGAACGAAAAGAAUAUUAGAAAGAGAACAGAAGCGACAGUUGAUUGCGAAAGAGACAGUUAAAAAAGUUGAAACCCCUGCCGGUAAAGACUCUCCGAUGGAAGUGGAUGCCAAUGAAAAAUGUGUCGAAACACAAUCACUACUUGAUAUUCCACCACUUUCCUCUACUGCUGAAAUUGGAAUUCAAGUACAGAGCGGAGACCUUGUUCCAACACUACGCAGUCUUAUUAAGAGUGAUCGGCAACUCAGUACUCUCACUGGUAUUGAAAAUUUCACGAUACUCGAGCGAAUUGUAGAUAUUGUGCAUACAAUGAACCCAAACAUUGCGGAUUCAAAAUCAACGGUCCAAGAACAAAUAUUGAUGACGUAUAUUAAACUAAAACAAAACGCAUCAUAUGCGCUUCUCGCAAUUUUCAGUCGAAUGUACAGUGCACAAAGCUGCAAAAGAAUAUUCCUCCGAAUGUUAGACGUUUUAAGUAGAGUCCUUCGAGUAGCCAUUCCUUUCCCCUCAAAGGCUGAAAUCUCACGAAAUAUUCCGACGUGUUUCGAAGGUUUCGAAGAUGUUCGUGUUGUUCUAGAUUAUACAGAGAUAUUUUUGCAAAAACCAAAAAAUCUUUGCUGUCAAAUCCUGACAUAUUCAUUUUACAAAGGAACCUACACAGUAAAAUUCAUGACCGGAGUCACUCCGGCUGGUAUGAUUUCAUUCAUAAGCAAACCAUACGGAGGAAGAUCGUCGGACAAAGCGAUAUUCGUAGAGAGCAACUUGUUGGAAAAGUUACAGGCAAAUGAUGCUGUUAUGGUUGACAAAGGGUUCCUGAUCGAUGAUAUUUGCAAAAAAAAUGACAUAAAACUUAUUCGGCCUCCUUUUUUGAAAAAACAAAAACAAUUCUCAAGCGUCGACGCAUGUUUAACUGCAAAAAUUGCCAAAGCUAGAGUACACAUCGAGCGUUCCAAUCAAAGACUCAAAACAUUCAAAAUUCUAGGGGAUAAACUUCCAUCCAAACUUGCAUCGAAGAUCGAACAAAUAUUCACAAUAAUUUGCGGAACAGUAAAUAUUGGUUCUCCAAUUCUAAAAAACAACAAGUUUCCAUCGUUGUGA